AUGAUUAAAUGGCAAAUGAAUAAUGCAAGUGAAACUGAACAAAUGUCAGAUUUAAAGCAAUGGACAACUAUUUCAUCUGGUGCUUCCUUAUCAAAGAUAUUUAUUGGACGAAUGAUAAAAAGCCGUGAAAUAGGUAAACGUGUAAGGUCAAUAAGUCAUCACGCAUCGCUUAUGCCAAAUACAUCCAGUGCUUCGGAAAAGCCAACAAGUUAUCAGGCAUCUCCGUCAAAUACAUCCAAUGCUUUUACACAAAAUGAGAAAGCUAAUCUCGUCAAUAGGUUUUUACCCAAUCAAUGGACAUUGAUCACAACGAUGGAUUCUGAAUUAUUUCGCUGUUUACAUUUACCAAACGAGACGUUCGUCACUUUAGCUAAAGAUAAAUGGUUACGUUUUUAUGUCAGAAAACAAUCAGAAUAUGAAUUAAAGAAUACCAUUCGUUUACCUGAUAAAGAAGGACUUGUGACAGAUUUAACUCGAAGUACGAGGGGUGAUCAGCUAGCGUAUACAGCUUCUAAUGCAUAUCUUUACCACUCUUACAUAAAUCAAAUUGAUCAUGACUCGAAUUGGAAUGUAUUUCACACACCACCAUUACCGCCAGUUAGAGGAUGGGAAGCAUACUUUAGCGUACGAUAUACAUUAGAUGAUAAAUAUCUGAUAGUUGGCGGAGCAGGUGGUUAUUUCUGUGCUCAUCAAAAUGACGUUAAAGCAAUUCACUGCUCCAAAGCUGAUCCACAUCUUUUUUGUAGUGGAAGUAGUGAUGGAUGUUGUAAACUAUGGGAUGAUCGUGCGCUUAAUAAUAAUACUCCGCUUGCUAUAUCCGCUGGAAAUGGAUAUAGUAUAAGUCACAUCGAUGGUGACAGUUAUAAUAAGUAUAUCGUAACAACUUCCAUCGGAGGAACAAUUGCUGUUUGGGAUUUACGCCGAUUUUCCGAGAAUCUCCCACUCAAUGUACAUCAAAAAGAAAGUCAUGAAGAAAUACCUCGUUUUAAUACAGCACUAAAAAUAAAAGGAGGAAAUACGUUGGAAAUUUUUUGGCAAGCCAAAAUUUCACCAGAAAGAACUGGUCAUCGGUAUAUUUAUUGUGGUAGCGAUAGCGGAUGUGUAUAUGUUUUUGAUAUUGUAUCGGGUCAAAGCACAUAUUCAUUUCGAAAAUGCUACAUUGGAAUACAUGAUUGUAGUUGGCAUCCAACUGAUAACGAAAUUAUUAGUGUAUCGCUACGUGGUGCAACGGCCAGAUGGUAUUAUAAAGAAAAAGGCACAUCUAUUAAUAGAUGA